AUGCGGCUAUCACUACAGCCACUGCUCCUCCUGGGGCUCUCGUCCCUCGGCGCGGCCGUGUUCCAGGACGAGGUCGGCCACAUCGAUUUCCACCACGCGCUCGUAGGCGUCCCCCAGGUCGAGACCACCUUCUUCCACCGGCCGAGAAAGCAGGACAAGGCGAGCCUGCUCUACACACUCAGCGACGUCGGCAUCGUCGGCGCCGUGAAUCCUAGUAACGGUGCGCUCGUCUGGCGCCAGCAGAUCUCGGAUGACAUCUCCAAUGGCGGCGGCUUCUUGCGCGCUGCUGAGGGGGAGCAUUGGGUUGCUGCUGCACAUGGCGCGCGCGUCCAGGCUUGGGAUGCUUUGACGGGCCGCAAUGUCUGGCACAACGAAUUCAAGGGCGAGGUCAAGGAUCUGGAGAUUCUGGAGUUGACCGAGAGCUCGAGGAAGGAUGUCUUGGUUCUGUUUGAGGAGGACGGCUCGACGGUUCUGCGACGUAUACACGGCACCCUCGGCCAGGUUGUCUGGGAGUUCCGCGAGGUGGCCAAGAACAUCCCUCUGCAGGUUUCCACCGACAUCUCAAAGAUCUACGUCGUCAGCCUCCACGGAUCCCCCUCGUCCUACAGCCUCAAGGUCACUGCUCUCGAUACCGUGUCUGGAACGCGCGUAGACGACCUGUCGAUUGGAACCAAGGGUGAUGUCCACGGACCCAAGGACGUCAUGUUUGUUGGCGCCAACUCGGCGGCGCCCAUCCUCGCGUGGACUGAUGCCGGCCUGUCCAAGCUCAAGGUCAACGUCCUGGGCAGCAAGACGACCCAGGAGCUCAAGCUCCCCGCCGAGGCCGUCUCUGUCACAAUCCAUGCCCCGCAUCUUGUUCAGUCGCAGCCGCACUUCCUCGUCCACACCCGAACCAAGACGGGCAACAAGGCUGAUGUUUAUCACACCAACUUGAAGAGCAACCAGGUCUCCAAGGCUUACGAGCUGCCUCACCUGUCUGGCCUCGGCGCCAUCUCGACCAGCUCUGAGGGAGCCAACGUCUACUUUGCCCGUAUCACUGAGGACGAGACUCUGAUUGUGUCUUCUGAGUCGCAUGCUGUUCUUGCCCGAUGGCCCACCAAGCCCGCUGGUGACAUUGAGGCCGUCCACGCCGUUGCUGAAGUCCUCAAGAAGCCCGGUGGUGAAGGAUUCGCUGUCAGAGCUGCCGCCCUUACCAAGUCAGAGGAUUGGGUCCUCGUGCGCAACGGCGAGAUCGCCUGGAAGCGCCCUGAAGGCCUCAGUGCUGCUGUUGCCGCUGUGUGGGCCGAUGUUCCUGGCAGCGAGAACCUCGCCAAGGUUCUUGAGCAGGAGGCUCACACCAACCCUAUCGAGGCCUACAUUCACCGCGUCACUCGUCACAUCGACGACCUUCAAUACCUCCCCGACUACCUGGCCUCUCUCCCUGAGCGCUUCAUGACUAGUAUUUUCGGUGGUGAGCCCGUUAGUAAGAAGGAGGGUCUUCACCGGGAUACAUUUGGCUUCAACAAGCUCAUCGUCCUCGCGACUCGACGUGGCCGCAUGUAUGGACUCAGCACUGAGCACAACGGCCAGAUUGUCUGGUCUAAAUCUGUCCUUCCUCAGCUCCCUGGCGAGACUCUGGACGUCAAGGGCAUCUAUGCCAAGGAUGAGGGCAUUGUCACUCUUCGUGGAGCCAAGGGCGAAUACGUUGCUAUCAAGAGCGACACUGGCGAUGUUGUCGAGGUGAUGCCCCCCGGAUCGCUGCCUCCUGUGUCCAGCACCGUCGUCAUCGACAGCUCAUCUGGCAAGUGGCUGCUCCCCAUUGGUGUCAAUGGUGAGGCCGGUCCUAUUCCUGCUGGUUGGACUCCUGAUCAGACCAUCGUCAUCCGAGGCGAGGGCGAUGUCCUCAAGGGCGUUAAGUUUGUCGAGGAGAACAACAAGGUUUCUGAGGAGGAAGUUUGGCAACUUCAGCUCUUCCCUGGACAGACCAUUGUUGAUAUUGCCAAGCCUUCGACCCACGACCCCGUGGCUUCUAUUGGUCGUGUCCUGGCGGACCGUCGCGUCAGCUACAAGUACCUCAACCCCAACACGAUCGUGGUGGCUGCCGCCAAUAAGGCUGAGUCCACCCUGUCAGUUCAGCUGGUUGAUACCGUUUCGGGCCAGGUUCUGGCCUCUUCAUCGUAUGCCGGCGUCGACUCGACUAAGCCCAUCUCUUGCACCAUGGCUGAGAACUGGUAUGCGUGCACCUUCUUCGGGCAGUAUACUCUCGAAGAUGGCACCAAGCGAUCCAUCAAGGGAUACCAGAUCGUUGUAUCUGAUCUCUACGAGUCAUCCUCGCCUAACGACCGUGGUCCUCUUGGCGAUGCUGUUAACUUUUCAUCACUUAAGCCCGUGGACACACCGAGUGGACCUCCUCUGCCUUGGGUUGAGGAGCAGGCUUAUGUUCUCUCUCAGCCGCUCGACUCUCUUGCCGUGACGCAGACUCGACAGGGUAUUGCCAACCGUCAGGUUCUGGGUUACCUUCCUGAGUCUCACGGUAUCGUCGGUCUGUCUCGUCAGAUCCUCGAUCCCCGUCGGCCCGUCGGCCGAGACUCGACCCCAGCUGAGAAGGAGGCUGAGGGCCUGAUCAAGUACACGCCAGGCAUCGAGAUCGACCCCAAGUCGGUGGUCUCGCACCAACGAAACGUGCUGGGCGUCAAGGGCAUUGUUGCAUCGCCAGCCAUCGUGGAGAGUACGAGUCUGGUGGUGGCUUAUGGCUUGGAUGUGUUUGGCACUCGGGUUGCGCCGAGCGGAGUGUUUGAUAUCCUUGGAAACGGCUUCAACAAGGCGACACUGGUGACGACCGUGGUGGCGCUGCUGGGCGGCGUUUUGUUUCUGUCACCAAUGGUACGGAGAAAGCAAAUCAACCGGAGAUGGGAGGGACUGUAG